AUGAUAGACAACAUAAUAAAUAACUUGCAAAUCAUACUACAACAAAAUGAUGACAAUGCUACAUCCCCUCAUGACGAUGUGAUAUAUCGACCACAUUCUACUCGUGUAGCUCGAUAUCAAGUAAUAAUUGCAUCUACAUUAGGACUCAUUGCCCUAUUACUAUUUUCCAUCUUACGGUUAAAAUAUCCCAAAAUAUAUGUGGCAAACUUUAAUCAUUUGAAUUUUAGUCUACAUUCGACUUCAAGAAGAAAUUUGCCUAAAUUACCUUCGAAUUCAUUAUUUGGUUGGAUACCUACCGUAUACAAGAUUACUGAGCAAGAAAUUUUAGAACAUGCCGGAUUAGAUGCAGUUGUGUUCUUGGAAUUUUUUAAAAUGUGCAUUCGAAUAAUAAGCAUUUGUUUAGUGUUUGCCAUUGUUAUCAUAUCUCCUAUCAGAUACAAGUUUACAGGAAGAGUAGACCAAGAUUAUCCUGAUGAUGACGAUGAAACCAAAAUAAUUAAGCGUAUAGUAUUGGCUGGAAUUCUGAUUACAAGUAAAAACCGUGAUGGAGAACAAUAUCAACAGUUUCUUUGGCUAUACACUAUUUUCACAUAUGUAUUUACAUUUGUUACUGUUUACUUUCUAUUUAAACAGACCAAUAGGAUUAUUAGCAUGCGUCAAAAGUAUCUUGGAUCUCAAAAUUCUGUUACUGAUAGAACGGUAAAAAUAUCGGGGAUACCAGGAUCAUUGCGAGAUGAAGUAGCACUCGCAAGACACAUUGACCGUUUGAAUAUUGGUGAAGUGGAUUCUGUGUUGAUUGUCAAGGAAUGGCAAAAUCUAAAUAAACUAUUUAAAAGAAGGAGAAAAAUAAUACGGAAACUAGAGGAAAGCUGGGUUGAAUAUUUUGAGAAAAAUGGUAUAACUAAUAAAAGUGAUUUGGUGUCGUUGCAUCCACAAGUUGGAGAACUGUAUCGUUUUUCUAAUAGAUAUACUGAUGAUGGUGAAGAAGAGUCACCAGAAGAUUGGGCAUCUCAAAGAUCGAGCCUCACACAAGUUUCAAUAAUAGGUCAAGAAUCAGAGUCUGUUGAGGGAGAUUCGUCUGACACUUUGAAUCGCUUAUUGAAUGAUGAACUGAGAACAAGACCAAGUCUUCGGAAAGGUUGGUUUGGAUUAUUUGGACCUAAAGUCGAUUCAAUAAACUAUUAUACUGAUAAAUUGGAGGUUAUAGAUAAAGAGAUAACAAGGGCCAGAACCAGAGAAUACCCGGCCACUUCGACUGCAUUUCUCACGAUGAAGACUGUGGCUGAAGCACAAAUGUUGGCACAAGCAGUUUUGGACCCCAAAGUUAAUCAUCUUAUCACCAGCUUGGCACCAGCUCCUCAUGACAUCCGAUGGGAUAAUUUGUCAUUAACUAGACAAGACAGAAAUACAAGGAUUCUUACUGUCACGAUAUUCAUUGGGAUAAUGAGUUUGUUAUUGGUUUAUCCCGUCAGAUUUAUGGCCAGCUUUUUAAACACAAAGAGUAUUUCCAAAAUUUGGCCAUCGUUGGGGAAAGCCAUUAAGGCACAUAAAUGGGCCGAAACCUUGAUUACUGGAUUAUUACCAACUUAUUUAUUUACAAUUUUAAAUCUUGUCAUUCCAUUUUUUUACGUAUGGAUUUCCGAAAAGCAAGGUUAUUUAUCUCAUAGUGAUGAAGAGUUGUCAUCAGUAUCCAAGAAUUUUUUCUAUAUAUUCGUGAAUUUGUUUUUGGUUUUCACAACUUUUGGUACGGCAUCUUUUGUUGAUACAACAAAAAUUGCAUUUGAUUUGGCAAGAUCACUUAGAGAUUUAUCAAUGUUCUAUGUUGAUUUGAUAAUAUUACAAGGUUUGGGUAUAUUUCCAUUUAAAUUAUUAUUGGUAGGGAACCUACUUCGGUUUUUAGUGAAUUCAUUAUUUAGGUGCAAAACCCCAAGAGAUUAUUUGAAUUUGUACAAGCCACCGGUUUUCAAUUUUGGCCUACAAUUACCACAACCAAUAUUGAUAUUUAUUAUUACGUUGGUAUAUUCUGUGAUGUCUUCAAAAAUAUUAACUGCAGGGUUACUAUAUUUUAUUAUCGGUUAUUUUGUGAGCAAAUACCAAUUGCUUUAUGCCUGUGUUCAUCCUCCGCAUUCAACGGGCAAAGUAUGGCCAAUUAUUUUUCGAAGAAUUAUAUUGGGGUUAUUUCUUUUUCAAAUCACCAUGGUUGGCACAUUAGCAUUACAAGAUGCAAUAACGUGUGCUAGUUUCUUAGCUCCAUUGCCGUUUUUGACACUAUACUUUUGGUGGAGUUUCCAUAAACAAUAUAUUCCGUUAUCGACAUUUAUAGCCUUAAGAGCCAUUGAAAAUAAUGACAAUAUCAACCCUACAGAUUUGGAACAGAUUAUUGAAAACAAUUAUAAUAAAACUCUUGAUGAAAGAAGGGAAUUGAACACUAAAUACGAAUAUACUAAUUUGGUUAAUGAUCUAGACGGGCCAAUGAUUGCGUUGGAUGGUGAAGAUGUAUUGAUAGUUAAUCGAGAUGGUACCACCGUGCGGAAACCUCCUCAAAACUUCAGUUCUGAAUGGGACUAUUAA